AAGUGUCCGGACUGGAAGUGGGUGAAAGUGUCCGGACUGGAAGGGGGUGAAAGUGUCCGGACUGGAAGGGGGGGAAAGUGUCCGGACUGGAAGGGGGGGAAAGUGUCCAGACUGGAAGGGGGUGAAAGUGUCCGGACUGGAAGGGGGUGAAAGUGUCUGGACUGGAAGGGGGUGAAAGUGUCCGGACUGGAAGGGGGGUGAAAGUGUCCGGACUGGAAGUGGGUGAAAGUGUCCGGACUGGAAGGGGGUGAAAGUGUCCGGACUGGAAGGGGGGGAAAGUGUCCGGACUGGAAGUGGGUGAAAGUGUCCAGACUGGAAGGGGGGGGGAAAG